CCCCGUGACGGAGCGCCGCCGCGACGCACGUCACCCUCGCAACCCUUCAACACUCGUAUUGAUAUCUACAACACGAACGAAUAUUUACAAACUGCAUAGUGACUGUUCAAAGUGCAAACGUUUUUAAAGUUAAAGUGUCAUGCGGACAUAUUUAAAUUAAAAAACUCUUGAAUAUAAACACAUAACGGGGAGAAUUAGCGCAGGCGCGCCUUCACGCGGACAUGUCUACAGCGGCCAUCUUGACAGAGGACGCACUUUCGCCUCGCCCUAGCUCAAGAUUUUGAUCUAAAGCCCCUGAAAUUACACAGGGUACAAAGGAUGCGUAACGUUCGAAGUUUUACAGCGGGCGCCCUGUGAGGCUGCAGCGCGCCGGUAUCGAUCCGGUGGCGUUAUGGCGUUCGCGAAGUGAAUGCGGAUAUCGGGACCUCGCAGUAUCCCUCGUGAGCGAGAGGAGCGUCGGGCCAGUGACAGUGCUAGAGUGGUCGAACGGUAUGUGAGAAAGAGUGUCAGCGCGGCUGGGAGCGCGGCCGGGCGGCGGCGGGCCAGGCUGACCGCACGCCAUGGGCGAGGAGUACGCGCGCUCUCCGUGCGAACGCUUCCCGACGGCGGGCGCGUUCAGCGUGGCGCCGCCGGAGCGUCUGAGCCCGCCGCCGCCCGCGCCGCUGCCGGACCGAUUCUCGGCUUCACCCCGGCGAGUGCGCCGGUGUGCGGAAGCAGAGCGCGCGCGAAGACCGCGUUACGUGCCACCAGCGGCACACGUGCCCGUCGAGAGAUACGUACCAAGGCCGCCGGCUCCGCUGCGUCCGCCGCCACCGGUCUACUGCGGGCUGGCGUGUCGGCCUCCGCCACCAACGACCAGAAAGUGUUGUGGGCCCGUGUGUCGCGAAGAUAUCGCCGGUUCACCACCACCAUCACGAUACGUGGAAUACGUUGGAGCGGCUGCAGCGCGAAGACUAGCGUGCACACCUCCGCCUCCACCGCCCCCGGCUCUUCAGUUGCCGUGCGAGCCUCAAGAGCCACCGUGCUGCGUGCAGGCUCGCAGGCGACCCCAACCACCACAUGAUUGGCGAUCGAGUACAGGGUUGCUGGCUCCGCAGUUAACGUGUCAAUCGUCAGCGGCGGCGACUGCAGCGGCUACAGCACCCCACCCAGCGCCAGCCUCGCCACCGCGCGUGGUCUCCGCGCCCCCCGUACCUAUCGUUCAACCUCCACCCGAACCAUUACCACCGCCCACUCAAGACGAUGGCGUCAGAUUGCGAAGAGUUCACACUGUCGCUGUACGGGAUUACCUUAAGAGAGAAACGCAAACGUUUUUUGGCGUACAAAGAGAUAAUGAGAGGGAGCAAAGAAGGCUGUGGUUUGAAAGGCGGAGGAGGCACGCGGCGCGGGCGCUGGGUGACCUCCGGCUUGACCUACCACCGGACCAUCAUCCUGAUGACGAUGAUAUUAGUAUGUAUGGAGCGUCAGGCGCGGCACCAAGGGAGGCACGGGGGCGCGUGCAGGAGCGGCCCGACGUCUUACCCGCGCCGGCGCCGCUCGAGGAGCCAGCGACACCCCCCCUGCCCUGCCCCGGCAAGGACAGUGUCGCGAGACUCACGCUCACAGGACUGUCCCUUGUUGUUAGUGCGGUGACACGUCGAUCCCGGCAGUCGACCUCAGCUCAAUGGUCGCGUUCGUUUCGUAACAGCGGGGCCGCCCAGCAAGAAGAAACCGAAGUUGAAGAUACGUUCUUCACGCCGCAGUCUUCGGUGACACCUCUCACUCAGCACAUUGACGACGUUGAGUCAAUUGAAGGAAACAAAAGGGCGCGUUCUCCGGUAACUUCUGGCGGAGUUGAGUACCGAAGGCCGGAGAGAAGUGUGUCGUGGGGCGCUGGCGGAGCACGAAUACACACGCCGAUACUAGAACCCUUGGCCGACAACUCGAACAGAAGACAAUACGGUAUGGGCGUCGUUGGAAGAUUUUUCCGACGAUCCCUUCGCAAAUCAAUGACGCAUCAUGAAGAAGUGGCUCGACAACUAGACGAAUUAACCGACUACCGGCCUUACUUCACGUGGUGGGUGAGCACAGUGCAGACCCUGGUCUUGUUGCUGUCAUUGCUGUGUUAUGGUUUCGGGCCAGUCGGCUUCGGAAGGCACACGCACUCUGGACAGGUGCUGGUCAAGAGUUUGAGUUUACAGCAGGUUGAAUGGGAAGAGCCAGCUUCGUUCUGGUUGGGGCCAAGGGCAGCGGACUUGAUACACUUGGGGGCGAAGUUUGCUCCGUGCAUGAGGCGAGAUGCAAGGAUAGCAAGGGCCAUAGCAGCAUCGGCGAGAAGAGAACGGGACACUGCGUGUUGCAUACGUAACGAUGAUUCAGGCUGUGUCCAAUCAUCAAAGGCUGACUGUUCGAUAAGAGGAUUAAUACCAAAGAAUACAAUAUCUACAUGGAAAAAAUGGUCUUCGGGAGAAUCGGGACCCGGGGGACGGAUAUCAGGGUCCGUUUGUGGUUUAGAUCCAAAAUUUUGCGAGGCCCCUCGGUCGAUAGCACCUCACGAAUGGCCAGAUGACAUCACGAAAUGGCCGAUUUGUCGCAAGUCGGUGCUGGACGGAUCGGCGGCAGCUGGACGGGCCGGACACGCGGCGGAGCACAUGGCUUGCGAGGUCAUAGGUCAUCCGUGUUGUAUAGGAGUGCACGGACAAUGCGUGAUCACGACUAGGGAGCAUUGCGACUUUGUCAAGGGAUAUUUUCACGAAGAGGCCUCACUUUGCUCGCAGGUAUCGUGCCUCGACGAUGUUUGUGGAAUGUUACCGUUCAUGAGAAGGAGACGUCCAGAUCAACUGUAUAGAGCGUGGACGUCUUUAUUCGUACAUGCUGGUCUCUUACAUUUGGCUGCGACGCUGGCGUUGCAGUGGCUCUUCAUGAGGGACAUGGAGAAAAUGGCUGGCCCUGUUCGGAUGGCUGUGAUAUAUUUGGGCAGUGGCGUUGCUGGGAACAUGGCCUCAGCGAUAUUUGAACCGUAUAGAGCAGAGGUGGGGCCUGCUGGGUCCCAUUUCGGGCUGUUGGCAUGUUUAAUAGUAGAAGUUAUCGGAGCUUGGCCAAUACUCAAACAUCCCAGGCGGGCUCUGCUCAAAUUAAUGGGACUCGCGUUUGCGUUGUUUCUAUUAGGACUUCUGCCAUGGAUAGACAAUUUCGCUCACGUUUUCGGUUUCGUGUUCGGAUUCCUGCUAGCGUACGCCUUAUUACCGUUCAUAAUAUUCGGUCCGUACGAGCGGAGAAGGAAAAUAGUGUUGGUGUGGGUGUGUCUUAUAUCGGCGGCGGCUAUGCUGUGCGCUUUGGUGGCUUUGUUCUACGCGGCGCCGGCGUACGAGUGCGCGGCGUGCGCUUACUUCACGUGUCUCCCGUUCGCGCCGGACAUGUGCGCGUCGCAGGAUGUGCGCGUGCGUCAGAUGGACGGGGUAUGACGGCGGUCGGCCCGGGCGCCCCUGCCGCCGCCGCCCCCCCGCCCCGCCGCCGCGCCCUGCCCCGCCCCGCACUGCGCUGCGUCCACGCCUCGCGCACACAUACACACAUCCCACGAAAUAUGUAAACUGAAAUAUCAAUUUUCGCACUGACAUUACUCGUGGGCAAACAGACGUCGUUCUCCGCGGUCAUCUUUGAAAGACUUCACUGAUCCAGAGCACCUUAACACGAGUGCAUAUUGUACGUCCGCGCUUGUCCAUGUUUAGAUGUAUAUAUGUAUUAUCUUUAUUACUCUCAUGUCAGAUCAGACUAUGCGAUCGGUGGAAUUCCAAUUUCAUGUGUUUAGUACAUAAAAAUAGUAUGUCUACCUAGAUGACUCUCCGAUAUGCGUUGAUAACUUAGCCAAACGUCAUGGACGUGCAAUAUGCGCCAGAGCUUACAACGUUUUUCAACGAGUGACGAAUCAUUAUCCCAAUAAAAUAUUGUGCGUUUGUCAAAUCACGUGUGAUAGUCGCUCGUGAAAAAAAUGCUCUAAGCUCAGGUGCUCACUGUGCGUGUUUCGUACCACGGCUGCUAAUUAUCACGGAGAAUAAUGACAAAUAAGCGGCGUGACAUCAAAGUGAAAUAAAACUAUCACAAAACGUACGUCACAUCGCGUCUUUGUUAAAAAGUCAAUGCUUUUGGAUUCGUUACCGCAAUAUGUGGUGUCGAAAAACAUUCAUAAAUUUAAUAUUCCCAUUUUUUUUAUUUAUUUCAACCUACCCUCGUUUCGUAUUUUUGCAAUAACGUUAUUAGUGGCACUUUUUAAGCUCGUUUUGGUCACCAUUUGUGACAUUUUAAAUCCUCUCACUAGUAAAAACCUAUGCAAAUAUUUUAUACAAUACAUCAGGGGGUCUUUCACGAAUUUUAUACGUGCGUGAUUGACUUUAGCUGCAUGAUUAUUACAUCGUUAGAGAGUACAAGUACUGUAUGUAGUUCGGAAACAAAUUUUAAAGUACUACUACUACAUUGAUAAAUUCAAUUAUCGUGAGGCAUGAAAGAAAAUGUAUCGAUAACAUAACUGGUGUGAGCUGAAAUCGAAUAAAAAAUGUAUGAUGUUGCGUGUUUCAAUUUAUAAUAUAUCACAAUCGCAUUCGUGUGAGUGAGCUAGUCGUGAUCUAUUAUUCAAUUAUUAAACGAUUGAUUAAAUCGAUAUUUGUGAAAUGAUUUGAUAUUAUGUAUUUUUAAUGUGCUAAAUCAACCUUGAGUAAUGUAUUUAUUUAGCGGAUGCGACGAUUAUAAUAUUGUAAAUAUUCUGUAAUAUAAACGAGAAAAGUAUUUAACAUUUAUAAGUGAGUUUGUAUUUACGUAUGUGUAAGUAAUGAUUGCGUAAAUUACGUUGCACGUUUUGUGACACUAAAAACGGGUAAAAGGAAUACAAAGAAUAGAGAUUAUUAUUUAAAAUAAUAAUAAUUAGUACACUAAUAUAAGCGGUCCGUUAAAUAGCCUUAAAUUUCUUGAAUUCAGCAUUAAAAUUGGUUAUGAAAAUACUGAGAAAAUAACAUUUUACAGAUUAAUGGAAAAGUCGGUGCGUAUAAAAAAAGGAUUGUGUGUUUUUAUGAAACCACGGUAAAAGUGAAACUUUUUUUCACAUUAUAGACAUUUAACUCUGACAAACAACAUUUACAUUAAACACUGACAAAAACAAACAAAAUAGUAUGGAGCACUGGCACAAAUGAGUAAUAGUCUAUACACUACACGGUCAGUCACGGACGAGCGCCUUUCACUUUAUCCCUACUCAGCGGCCGACCGUCACGCGACAUGCAACAUACAAACGAAAAAGUUUGAGACGAUGUAAUAAAAGUUUCACUUUAAUAAAUUACUUGUUAUCUCUUUUGCACCGUCUCAAGGUCUCAAGCCUCAUUGUGCCUAUUAUUUUCAAUAAGCAACCAUCCCAUGAUCAUCUUUAAAACAUUUCGAACAUAGUAAUUAAUGGAUUUAUAACUUUCAUAAAAAAUAUAUAUAUAUAUAUAUAUAUUUUUAUACAAGGAGAUAGUAGAUACAAUGUGUUCAGAAAGGUUUAUUACAGUUCAACGAUUGAGAAGUUCGUAUAUCCAAAUCUUUUCAGAAACACAUCUAUUACUAAGAAUAAGCAUUUUCUGUUUUGCAUUGCCAUCAAAUUUAAAGAAGGGAACUUUUUAUUUGGUGACGUCAUAUCGUCAUGGUUAAGACCAACGGUGUAUUCGUAUCGAGCGAUGCGGUUGCGCCAGUGAUUAAGUCCGAUUUUUUUUCAUACCUAAGUCUUGAGAGGCUAUGUCAGCGUCACCGGGCGAUUUAGCUCACGGGGCUCAAACUUGACGUUGUUGCUAACACGAACCCUAGCAAGAGCCGUGCUUCGCAGAAUCUACCACCGCAUCGGAAACGCGACCCACUGAGAAGAUCCGGCGAGAAACUCAGUGGGCUGUGUCUGUGGGCUAGUUUACUCGCCGAGCACUUCGUCGCAAGCGACGGGUUCGACGAGAACGAUGACCGGUGAAAAUCCGAGACGAAAUUACCGACAUUUUUAAGAAAACAUUUACCUACGCGUGUUCACGAAUGACUUCCUCGACGAAGAAUUAAUAUAGUGCAAUAAAAAUAAAACAAAGAAAAAACAUUUUUUUUCUUUUAACUUAUUGAUAGUUAAAUAUUGUGAGAUUGUAUCGUUAGUAUCACCAACCUCCGUAUUUCUGUCGUUACAGCAUACAGCUGACACUUAAACUACAUUAACCUAUAGCUUCUUAUAACAUAGAAUAUUUCUUCAUAUCUUUAUUGCACUAGAUAUGUGUAAAUUAGAACGCGAAUGACGUCACCUAUCACAGGCAUGACAUACUUUGAAACCAGAAGGCAUGGCGGCUUCGUGUGGGCUCGCAAUACCUACGCCUUAACAAAAUAAGUGACAUUGACUAAUGCAAAGGGAAUUUGUUUCAGGCAGCGAACUUUUUUAAAUAUGCUUUAAUAAACAGGCCCAUAAUACAUCCUUGAUUGAUUAGGGAAAGAACCUAGUAUGUGUUGCUGUGUUUUAUAUACUGCGUAUUUUAAAUGCAGAAUUUCCAUUUAUACCGUGUUUUGUGUCACAAUAUGUUCACGUAAAAGUGUCAAAUAUUAGUUUAUUACUAAUAAUGUAUAUAGCAUGAUAAACAAAUAUAUUUUCACGUAUUAUGUUCAGAGUAUAUUAUGAACGAAUUCAUUCUUAUGUAUAAGUAACAUUUGAUAAUUUGAUUUCGUCAAUUUAUAUUAUAUUCUAGCUAUUAUCAUCAAGUCUGCGUAGUAUUAUAUGAUUAUAUUAUUUUAUAAUAUGCUAGUUGUAAUCUAAAAAAUAAAUAAAGUUAGGUAUGUUUAUUUUAUUACAGAACGUUAGGGCGGUUUUUCGUGGUUUAUAACGAAUUUAAAGUAAUAGUCGCAUGCGUAUUAUGUAUUAUCAUCAUUGUUACGAUAAAGAAAUGUAAAUAUACUAAAAAAAAAUAUAUCGAAAUACAUUUGUAAAUUUUACUUUCGGAAGAGAAGGUUAAUCGAGAACCAAUUUUGAAUCUUUCACAUGUUAAGAGUUUGAAAUUUGAUGACACCGUCGUGAUGAAUUCAACAGAAAUAAAUUGUACCAGUAUGGUAAAAACUGUUUGGUCGUGAAAAAAAAAUGGAUGACUAAAAAGUAUAAAAUAUAUUAAUAUUUGCAAGAAAAAAAAACUGUAUUCUUUACAUUACAUUUGCGAAGAACCAAUCAUAUAAUAUAACAAUAAGAAAUAUAUUUUAGCAUUUUAUUCGGUGUUUGGGAGUCGUAGACUUUAUUAAAACUAUUUUUGUGAUUUAAUUCAUCGUUAAUUUUUUUGUUGGGAAUGUUUCGAAAUAUCGUAAAUAAUAAAUUGGGAAAUAAUGAAACCGAAAUUAUUGUUAUCUUGAUAAUUUUUAUUUUUUUUAAUAUUCAAUCGUGUUUUUUUAACUAUUUCAGUAAUAAAGCUUUGAGAGAUAUUAAGAUUAAUGGAGGUAAAUUUAGAUAAUUUACUCUCUCGUUGUCACAAUCCAAGUACAAAAUAAUUGUUUGUUGUAAACAAAAUUGGAUGAUGGGUGUAUUAGUUUUAUAUUGUAUUAUAUCAUCAAUAAUCAUCACAUAAAAUUGAAGCUCAAACACAACUGUUAAUAUUAUUCUAUUAUGUUUAAGAUGAGUAUUUUAAUUUCAAUUAAGAAAUUGUAAUAAUUAUGAUUGUUGAAAUUAUAUUUUGUGAGUAAUAUGAAGAGAGUGAGAAUGAACGUGUCAAAUGCAAAAAAAUCUCACAAUUGUUCGAGGUCAAGUGAGAGAUACCCGCUGUAGCUGUCCACGGGCUCUGGUAAUGUAAUUGCUAUGAAGUAAUGCCAACACCAAUUAGUAAUAGGCUCAAAUGUUGUUUACCUCAAUUUCUACUCAUAUCAUUAGUACGAUCGCACCUCCCGCCACCAGAGCAGAGUUCAUCCAUACUAACUAGAACGGCUACGUUUAUCCACAAUGUGUUUCUGGAGAUUCUUUUUUGCCACAAACCACUCGGCUCUAGAAUUAAUUUCUCAAGUGUUAUAAAAAGUCCUAUAUAAAGCGAGGGCUUAACAAUGGAGAUUAACUCAGCGACAGCAGAGAUUUGUCUUGACUUGACAUUGCUAAUGUCUAUGAGGUACAGCAACCACGCAUCACUAGGUCCUGCGAAUGCUCGUAUAUAUACGAAAUCAAAAAAAAAAGAUAAAGCGAUUGUAAAUUGUAUUGGACUUGAUAUUUUCCGAGAAAAUGACCUCAAUCGCGCAUUAUUCAGACAAAGAUACAUUUAAUGUUCACAAAAUAAAGUUCACUACAUAUUGCGUUAUUAUUCCAUUUAGAAUUGUACACUUUUUUGUUAGGAUACAUUUUUUAAUGUUAUUUAAUUGUAAUACAAUUAAAUAACAUUACAAAUUAAUUGUAAUACAAUUAAAUACAAUUAAAUACAAUACCAAAAUUAACGCAUGUUUGUAACCAAUAUAAAUAAUUACAUAUUAAAUAAACUUAAUAUUUGAUAGAAAUACUAUUUAUGAUUUACUCAUGAAAAAAAACGAAUAAAGCUUUGGUGGCGAUUUUUUUACAGCGGUAAUAAAAUGCGACACGGUCACCCUGCGACUUUAGAACUUAAAUUCAAUUCAAAAUUCAAAUUGAAUGUUGUUGAAUGUCACUUGUUGAAUGUGAAAAUAUAAAUAACAAUGCUAACUCUAUCACCGGUUCCAAAAAAAGCCACAGUUCUGGGAAGAACCGGCGAAACAAACUCAGCGGAGUUAAGUUAAACGUUUUCAGCAGUGAAAUGACUAGUUUCAAAGAUUGUGUCUCGAUUAAUGAUUCUUUGAAGUCCAGUGAAGUUUUUCUCGAAGUGCCCUUGCGGCCGGCGGCCCGGCGGACUGUCAGAAUUUAAAUCUAAGACAAAAUUAACAUAAAUGUACAUUGUGAACAUACAACUUAUUAUAACACUUAAUAUUAAGGUAAAGUAAUCUUAUUGUAACUAGCAUUAAUCGAACAAGAAACCUUAUUAUCAUAAUA